CCACCAUCGUGGCGUCUUGACUGGAGGGGGGGAGAGAGGUUCACUCUUCAGGCGGACGUUGCGAGGCAGCAAGAGGACCAACUGACAAGUUAUCAGUCACUCCGAUGGCGGGAUGCAGCCCCCUUUGACUCGGGAGUGCUCGGCGGCCGGGGAGGAGGCGCACAUGAGCAUUGCGCGGCAGGAGGAGACGCAGCAGCUCCGCCAGCACCCGGAGUGAACGAACCCACGCAGGGGGAGACAACGCAGACCCCGCCGGCACUCGUUUUUUUUUGUUGCUCACAUUUGGAUAUUCUUUCAUUUAUCGACGAACCGAGCGCCAGUUGACUUCGCAGCGAGGACAGGCUUUUUGGUCUGCGAACUCCCGCCAUGACGUCUCCGGCCAAAUUCCGCAAAGACAAGGAGAUUGUGGCCGAGUAUGAAACUCAAGUGAAAGAGAUCCGUACCCAGCUGGUGGAGCAGCUCAAGUGUCUGGACCAGCAGUGUGAGCUCAGGGUGCAGCUGCUGCAGGACCUGCAGGACUUCUUCCGGAAGAAGGCGGAGAUCGAGGUGGACUACAGCCGCAAUAUGGAGAAGCUGGCCGAGCGCUUCCUCACCAAGACGCGCAGCACCAAGGACCACCUGAUGAAGAAGGAGCAGAGCAUCCUGUCUCCGGUCAACUGCUGGAACCUGCUGCUGCUUCAGGUGAAGAGGGAAAGCCGAGACCACGCCACGCUGUCCGACCUCUACCUCAACAACAUCAUCCCUCGCUUCGCGCAGAUCAGCGAGGACUCGGGACGCCUCUUCAAAAAGAGCAAAGAGGUCGGCGUGCAGCUGCAGGAGGACUUGAUGAAGGUUCUCAACGAGCUCUACUCGGUGAUGAAGACCUACCACAUGUACAACACAGACAGCAUCAACGCCGAGUCCAAGCUGAAGGAGGCGGAGAAGCAGGAGGAGAAGCAGAUGGGGCGCUCCGGUCGCCAGGACGACCGCCAGACGCCGCGUUCGCCGGACGCCCUGGCUAACCUCAAGGCCGACGACAAGCCCAUCCGCCGCUCCAGUGUGAAGAAAAUCGAAAAGAUGAAGGAGAAGAGACAAGCCAAGUACACGGAGAACAAGCUGAAGGCCAUCAAGGCCAGGAACGAGUACCUGCUGGCGCUGGAGGCCACCAACAGCUGCGUCUUCAAGUAUUACAUUCACGACCUCGCAGACAUCAUCGACUGCUGCGACCUGGGCUACCACGCCAGCCUCCACCGCGCCCUGAGGACCUACUUGUCCGCCGAACAGAACGUGGAGACGUCCAAGCACACGGGUCUGGAGACCCUGGAGGGGGCGGCUGAGAGCCUGGAGCCCAACGGGGACAAACAGAGGCUGAUGGAGACCUACAAUAACGUCUUCUGCCCCCCGGCUCGCUUCGACUUCCAGUCGCACAUGGGAGACACGAUGGGAGUGGUGUGUGCGCAGCAGCCACUGGAAGGCGAGCUUCUCCAGCGGUGUCAGCAGCUUCAGUCCCGACUCUCCACGCUGAAGAUCGAGAACGAGGAGGUGAAGAAGACCAUGGAGGCCACGUUGUCCACCAUACAGGACAUGGUGACGGUGGAGGACCACGACGUGUCCGAGUGCUUCCACCACAGCAACAGCAUGGAGUCGGUCAAGUCCACGUUCAGCGAGUCCUAUCUGAGCAAGCCCAGCCUCGCCAAGAGACGCGCCAACCAACAGGAGACGGAGCAGUUCUACUUCACGAAGCUGAAGGAGUUCCUUGAAGGCAGGAACCUCAUCACCAAGCUGGAGGCCAAGCAUGACCUCAUCCAGAAGACCAUCGGAGAGAGUCAGAAGACCGACUGUUGCCUUGCCAGUGGACGGAGGAACUCUGCUCUACGGAAACAGGAAUCAGGCGAAGCCAUUCCACUGAUGGUGGAGAGCUGCAUCCGCUUCAUCAGUCGCCAUGGUCUGCAGCACGAGGGCAUUUUUAGAGUGUCCGGCUCUCAGGUGGAGGUCAAUGACAUCAAGAAUGCCUUUGAGCGAGGUGAAGACCCAUUGGCCGGGGACCAGAACGACCACGACAUGGACUCUAUUGCCGGGGUCCUCAAGCUCUACUUCCGAGGUUUGGACCAGGCCCUUUUCCCCAAGGAAGUCUUCCACGACCUCAUCUCCUGCGUCUCCAUGGAGAGCCUGCAGGAGCGCGCUGUCCACGUGAAGAAAGUGCUGCAGGCGUCGCCCAGCAAAACACUCGUCGUCAUGAGAUACCUGUUUGCCUUCCUCAACCAUCUGUCCCAGUACAGUGAGGACAACAUGAUGGACCCCUACAACCUGGCCAUCUGCUUUGGCCCCACCCUGAUGUCUGUCCCUGAGGGCCAGGACCAGGUCUCCUGCCAGGCCCAUGUCAACGAACUCAUGAAAACAAUCAUCAUCCACCACGACACCAUCUUCCCGGGACUGCAGGACCUUCAGGGCCCCAUCUACACUGUCCCUGGAGCUGUGGAAGACUUCUGUGACAGUCCUCACUGUGAGCCCCCCCUGGUGGAAGAGCCGGCGCCCGACACCGUGUCCGUCAGCCGCCACAGCGACGACGGAACCUUGGCUGUUUCAGAGUCGGACCCGGUGGAAGCCAUCGCCCGCUUCGACUACUCGGGACGCACCAGUCGCGAACUGUCCUUCAAGAAGGGAGCCUCUCUGGUUCUCUUCCAGCGAGCGUCCGACGACUGGUGGGAGGGCCGACACAACGGCGUAGACGGACUGGUGCCGCAUCAGUACAUUGUGGUCCAAGACGUGACUGAUGGAGGUCGAGGCAGCCCAAAACUUGACAUGGACGCCAGAGACCAGCUGGAGGGCAGAGUUUCCACUCGAGGCAGCGCCGCGUCACCCACUGGAGCUCACGUGGCUGAUAUCUACCUGGCCAACCUCAACAAGAUGAGGAAGCGUCCAGAAUCCGGGAACAUCCGAAGAACAUUCCGGAGCUCAGACAGCGAUAGCUCAGGAGCCAGCGGAGGGGUGAGGACCGCGUCCCUACCUGUGGGCGGAGCCCUGGUGAAGGAGGCUACGGACAAACGUCCCGUCAGCGCUCACAGCAUCCUCAACUCCAUCACUCGCCACUCCUCGCUGAAGACCAAGGUGGACAGCCCUCAGCUGCGGAAAACGACGCCCGCAGGACGCUCCAAGAGCUUCAGCAACCACAGACCUCUGGAGCCCGAGGUCAUAGCGCAGGUGGAGCACAGCUCACAGGACAUCGAGGCGGCCAUGAGCUCGGCCCUGAGUGAGCUGAGGGAGCUGGAACGUAAGAGCACCUCCAAGCACACCCCGGACGUGGUCCUGGACACGCUGGAGCAGCUCAAGGCCGUGGGCGGAGGCGGAGGAGGAGGCGGAGCCUCAGAGCCCUCUAGCCCGCUCCACUCCCGCCUGCUGCGCGACGGCGACGGGGGCCCUUCCCACGCCCACCCGCUCCAGCGCAGCGCCUCCUCCGCCAGCGACGUGCCCUCCUCCUUCCGGGCCGCCAAGAACCGGCCCCGCAGCCCCCUGCCCUCCGCCACCUCGCCCUCCCUCUCCUCCUCCUCCCUCUCCUCCUCCGUCCCUUCCUUCCGGGAGCUGCGUCCGCCGGCCACCCGGCCCAAGCCGGUGGUGUUCCCGAAGAGCGGCGGUUCGGCCACGGGGUCCCCGACAUCCGCCGCGCCCCUCACGCCUCCUCCUCCGCCCGGGGGGCACGCACACCCCCUCCCGCAUGCACCUCCUCCUCCGCCUCCUUCCCAGGCCAGCGACAAGUCCUGCCCGGCCUAGCGCCUCCUCACUUCUCGCACUUAGUCACGCCACUCAUGUUUCUCACCUGGGAACACCUGCUGCUUUUCAGUGGCCGGGGCCAAAAUGUUCUCCACCUUUUUUUUUUUGUAUCAUUCUAGCGAAAAGGGACCGUUUGGGUCCUAAAAAGGGACUGUUUGGGUCCUAAAAAGGGACUGUUUGGGUCCUUAAAAGAGACUGUGAAUUUUUUCCAAGGUCUGGUGAGAUAAAAACAGUUUUGCUGCUGCUGGACGUAUGAAAGACUGGACGCAGAAGAAAAGUGACAACUCUAAAUAUAGCAAUAAUACAAGCUGCUGGUCAUUCUGCUGCUUUUCUCCUGCAGCUCUGCCUCUGGGAGUCGGGGUCCACUGAAAGCCAGCGUUUCAUUUUUUUGUACAGGUGGUGUAGGACCGCGUGUGUGUGUGUUUGUGUGUGUGUGUGUUCUGGCAAUGCUGACUUAAUGGGGACAUCGGUCUGGUUACACAGUCACCUUUAGGGGAUUUCUGACGGUAUGGGGACCAAAAAACAAGUCUCCUAAAGGGAAACCUUUUUAAAUGAUAGAUCAAUUGUGAAAUGCCUAAGUGAUUUUUAAGCUUUCGCCCAUAAAACCUAUUAACUUGUUAGUUUGAGUGUGAAACAUUUGCACAUUUUCCCCCCUUUUUUUUAAAUAGUCCUCAGUAGUCACGAACAAAUGUGUGUGAAUUAUGCAGAAUGAUAUAAAUUUGAUCCCCAAGAACCAUAUUAACUAUUUUUCCCCAGGGUCCCCAGUAAGUAUUUAUCAGCACAUUACUUCAUCAAUCCAGAGAUUUAAAGACGUGUAUGAGCUAACUGGGCAGUGGCCAUUUUACCUCAUUUUUUUAUGCCUCCACAACCUGUAGAAAGGGUGGUCCCCACAAGUCACGAACAACAACUUGGUCACCAUUGCAAAUGAGAACCAGUGUGUGUGAGUGUGUGUGUGUUUGUGUGUGGCAGCUAAACACCCUUCAGGUUGCAUGACGACGUCAUUUUGCCAACCCGCAAUACCGGCAAGGAGUUUUCCCCAGUCGGGAUGUCACAUGGUCGCACUUUACCCGACACGGGAAAUGUGACCAAUUUUUUUUGGGGGGGGUGGGGCUGUUGUGCUUUGUGGCAAUUCCAACUUCGACCACAUGGCGCUUUCCAUCAUUUUAAGCGCACCGCGUCUCUAAAAGGACGGGGGCCCACGUGAAUCCCUUACCUCUCGUGUAAGAGAAGGGAUUAAAUGCUUGCUCGUAGGGUUAUACUUCACACCUGGCGGUAACAAAUAAGAGUUGGGGGAUUCUAACGGUGUUUAUGUUUGUUUGUUAAUAAUGAGGAUAACUGGAAGCACGGAGGCGAAGGAGGAGCGCCAGCAGGCGCAAGAUGUUGACACAACGUUGAUUUGGCGUUUGUGUCCUUUUAAACAGACUUUGAAUAGACGUUGCAAAAUGCUUGUAAUUGUAAACUGACGCGAUGUGGACGUCCAAUGAUGGAUUCACCUUAUGGGUUGGGAGACGACCAAGAUUCAACGGUCAAAUCAAUGCCAGAACUCAACAUUGAAUAAACGUUAAAAAGCAUAUUUUUGCAACGUCGUAUUUGUGUUGUUGAGUUUUGGUUGGGAAAUGACCAAAUUUCAAUGGUCAAAUCAACGUCACAACUCAACAUUGAUUAAACGUCGACAAAAAGCAUGUUGUUUCAACGUUGUAUUUGUGUUAUGUAAUUUUGGUUCGGAAUUGACCAAAUUUAAAUAGUCAAAUCAUUGUCAGAACUCAACGUUGAAAAAAGGUUGACAACUAGUAAAUAUGUUGUUUCAACGUUGUAUUUGUGUUGUAUAAUUUUGGUCGAGAAAUGACCAACAUUCAAUGUUCAAAUCAACGUCAGAACUCAACAUUGAAUAAUUGUUGACAACUAGCCUGUUGUUUCAAGGUUGUAUUCGUGUUGUGGAAAUUUGGUUGUGAAAUUAUACAUUUGGUUGAGAAAUUAUACAUGUGUAGUGGAAUUUUGGUCAGGAAAUGACCAAAAUUCAAUGGUCAAAUCAACAUCAGUACUUAACAUUGAUUAAACGUCAACAACAAGCAUGUUGUUUCAACGUUGUAUUUGUGUUGUGGAAAUUUGGUUGAGAAAUGACCAAAAUUCGAUGGUCAAAUCAACGUCAGAACUCAACAUUGAUUAAACGUCAAAAAGUAUUUUGUUUCAAUGUUGUAUAUAUGAUGUUGAAAUUUGGUCGAGAAAUGACCAAAAUUUCAAUGGUCAAAUCAACGUCAGAACCCAACAUUGAUUAAACGUCGUCAAAAAGCAUGUUUUUUCAAUGUUGUAUUUGUGUUGAAGAAUAUUGGCUGGAAAAUGACCAUAUUUCAAUUGUCAAAUCAAAGUCACAACUCAACAUUGAAUAAACGUUGACAACAAGCAUGUUUUUUCAAUGUUGUAUUUGUGUUGUAGAGUUUUGGCGGGAAAAUGACCAAAAUUCAAUGGUCAAAUCAACUUCACAAUCUGACAUUGAUUAAAUGUUAACAAAAAGCAAGUUGUUUCAACGUUGUAUUUCCAUCCAUCCAUCCAUUUUCUACCGCUUAUUCCCUUUGGGGUCGUGGGGGACGCUGGUGCCUAUCUCAGCUACAAUCGGGCGGAAGGCAGAGUACACCCUGGACAAGUCGUAUUUGUGUUGUACAAUAUUGGUCGGGAAAUGACCAAAAUUCAAUGGUCAAAUCAACGUCAGAACUCAACAUUGAUUAAACUUCAAAAAGUAUGUUGUUUCAACGUUGUAUUUGUGUUGUAGAAUUUUGGUCGAGAAAUUACCAAAAUUUAAUGGUCAAAUCUACGUCAGAACCCAACAUUGAUUAAACGUCAACAACAAGCAGGUUGUUUCAACGUUGUAUUUGUGUUGUUGAAAUUUGGUCGGGAAAUGACCAAAAUUCAAUAAUCCAAUUCAACGUCACAACCCAACAUUGACUAAACGUCGACAAAAAGCAUGUUUUUUCAAUUUUGUAUUUUUGUUUUUGAAAUUUGGUUGGAAAAUGGCCAAAAUUCAAUGGUCAAAUCGUCAGACAUUGAUUAAACGUCAACACAAGCACGUUGUUUCAACGUUAUAUUUGUGUUGUUGAAAUUUGGUCGAGAAAUUAACAAAAUUCAAUGGUCAAAUCGUCAGAACUCAUUGAUUAAACGUCAAAAAUUAUGUUAUUCAACGUUGUAUUUGUAUUGUACAAUAUUGGUUGGAAAAUGACCAUAAUUCAACGGUCAAAUCAACGUCAAAACUCAACAUUGAUUGAACGUCGACAAAAAGCAUGUUGUUUCAACGUUGUAUUUGUGUUGUUGAAAUUUGGUCGAGAAAUUACCAAAAUUCAAUGGUCAAAUCGUCAGAACUCAACAUUGAUUAAACGUCAACAACAAGCAGGUUGUUUCAUCGUUGUAUUUGUGUUGUUGAAAUUUGGUUGGGAAAUGACCAAAAUUCAAUGGGCAAAUCAACAUCAGACUCAACAUUGAUUAAACUUAAAAAAUCAUCUUGUUCAACGCUGUAUUUCUGUUGUACAAUAUUGGUUGGAAAAUGACCAUAAUUCAACGGUCAAAUCAACGUCGAAACUCAACACUGAUUGAAUGUCGACAAAAAGCAUGUUGUUUCAACGUUGUAUUUGUGUUGUUGAAAUUUGGUCGAGAAAUGACCAAAAUUCAAUGGUCAAAUUGUCAGUACUCAACAUUGAUUAAACAUCAACAACAAGCACGUUGUUUCAACGUAGAAUUUUGGUCGAGAAAUUACCAAAAUUGAAUGGUCAAAUCAACGUCAGAACCCAACAUUAAAUAAACGUUGACAACAAGCAGGUUGUUUCAACGUUGUAUUUGUGUUGUUGAAAUUUGGUUGGGAAAUGACCAAAAUUCAAUGGUCAAAUCAACAUUGAUUAAACGUCAAAAAUCCUGUUGUUCAACGUUGUAUUUGUGUUGAACAACAUUGGUUGGAAAAUGACCAAAAUUCAACGGUCAAAUCAACAUCACAAGUCAACAUUGAUUAAACGUCGACAAAAAGCAUGUUGCUCUGUGUCCGGACCCAAUUCCACAAUUUCUCAACGCUGUAUCAAUGUUGUUUCAACGUUUGGUGCCUGCUGGGAGGAGAGUCUUUAUUAUUUAAGAGUGGAGUUGGAAGCACAACCAAGCACCCCACCAAGGACUUCUGCCUUCACUGAUGUAUUCUCUCACCCAUAUGUGGAAGAAAUGGACGCAACAUUACGGGAAGCAUUUCUCGAUGAUUACCUUUUUUUAUUGUUUUAGACUAAAACGAGUUUGCCAAUAAGGUGACGCCUGCAACACCCUGAGAAGAGUGGCCAUGAUGUUUGUAAAUGUGAUGGCUAUAGGACUGCUUCGACCAUGUUUUAUUCCUACCUGUACAAAUGUUAAAUUUGUGUUGUUCUGAACUUGUCAGGACCGAGGGGAUGGUGACUGUCUUGAUGUAUUUGUAUUGUUCUGACCUUGUCAGGACCGAGGGGAUGGUGACUGCCUUGAUGUAUUUGUGUUGUUCUGACCUUGUCAGGACCGAGGGGAUGGUGACUGCCUUGAUGCAUUUGUGUUGUUCUGACCUAAUCAGGACCGAGGGGAUGGUGACUGCCUUGAUGUAUUUGUGUUGUUCUGACCUUGUCAGGACCGAGGGGAUGGUGACUGCCUUGAUGUAUUUGUGUUGUUCUGACCUUGUCAGGACCGAGGGGAUGGUGACUGUCUUCUUGUUUCUGUGUUGUUCGGACAUUGUCAGGACCGAGGGGUUGGUGACUGUCUUCUUGUAUUUGUGUUGUCCUGACAUUGUCAGGACCGAGGGGAUGGUGACUGUCUUCUUGUUUCUGUGUUGUUCUGACCUUGUCAGGACCGAGGGGAGGGUGACUGUCUUCUUGUAUUUGUGUUGUUCUGACCUUGUCAGGACCGAGGGGAUGGUGACUGUCUUCUUGUUUCUGUGUUGUUCGGACAUUGUCAGGACCGAGGGGAUGGUGACUGUCUUCUUGUUUCUGUGUUGUUCGGACAUUGUCAGGACCGAAGGGAUGGUGACUGUCUUCUUGUAUUUGUGUUCUGACAUUGUCUGGACCAAGGGGAUGGUGACUGCCUUGAUGUAUUUGUGUUGUUCUGACCUUGUCAGGACCGAGUGGAUGGUGACUGUCUUGAUGUAUUUGUGUUGUUCUGACCUUGUCAGGGCCGAGGGGAUGGUGACUGUCUUCUUGUAUUUGUGUUGUUCUGACAUUGUCAGGACCGAGGGGAUGGUGACUGUCUUCUUGUAUUUGUGUUGUUCUGACCUUGUCAGGACCGAGGGGGUGGUGACUGUCUUCUUGUUUUUGUGUUGUUCUGACCUUGUCAGGACCGAGGGGAUGGUGACUGUCUUCUUGUAUUUAUGUUGUUCUGACCUUGUCAGGACCGAGGGGAUAGUGACUGUCUUCUUGUAUUUGUGUUGUUCUGACUUUGUCAGGACCGAGGGGAUGGUGACUGUCUUCUUGUAUUUGUGUUGUUCUGACAUUGUAAGGACCGAGGGGAUGGUGACUGUCUUCUUGUAUUUGUGUUGUUCUGAACUUGUCAGGACCGAGGGGGUGAUGACUGUCUUCUUGUAUUUGUGUUGUUCUGACCUUGUCAGGACCGAGGGGAUGGUGACUGUCUUCUUGUUUCUGUGUUGUUCUGACCUUGUCAGGACCGAGGGGGUGGUGACUGCCUUCUUGUAUUUGUGUUGUUCUGACCUUGUCAGGACCGAGGGGAUGGUGACUGUCUUCUUGUUUCUGUGUUGUUCUGACCUUGUCAGGACCGAGGGGGUGGUGACUGUCUUCUUGUAUUUAUGUUGUUCUGACCUUGUCAGGACCGAGGGGAUGGUGACUGUCUUCUUGUAUUUGUGUUGUUCUGACUUUGUCAGGACCGAGGGGAUGGUGACUGUCUUCUUGUAUUUGUGUUGUUCUGACAUUGUCAGGACCGAGGGGAUGGUGACUGUCUUCUUGUAUUUGUGUUGUUCUGAACUUGUCAGGACCGAGGGGGUGAUGACUGUCUUCUUGUAUUUAUGUUGUUCUGACAUUGUCAGGGCCGAGUGGAUGGUGACUGUCUUCUUGUAUUUGUGUUGUUCUGGCCUUGUCAGGACCGAGGGGAGAGUGACUGUCUUCUUGUAUUUGUGUGGUUCUGAACUUGUCAGGACCGAGGGAAUGGUGACUGCGUUAAUGUAUUUGUGUUGUUCUGACCUUGUCAGGACCGAGGAGAUGGUGAUUGCCUUGAUGUAUUUGUGUUGUUCUGACCUUGUCAGGACCGAGGGGAUGGUGACUGUCUUCUUGUAUUUGUGUUGUUCUGGCCUUGUCAGGACCAAGGGGAUGGUGACUGACUUGAUGUAUUUGUGUUGUUCUGACCUUGUCAGGACUGAGGGGAUGGUGACUGUCUUGAUGCGUGUCUCAAAUCAAAUCAUCUCGCACUUGGCGUGUGUACUUACUAACUGGGUCGGGGGGGGUGAUUUAUUUUGAAAAUGUGUCCAACAUGCUUUUGGGUUCAUUCUGGAAACGGCAAAAUUAGAAGAAAAAAAAAAAAAGACUAAUGUAAAAUCUAUUUAUAGUCGUCUUUGUAUUACUGGAGAAUCCUGUGUUGUAUAUACAAUGUUGUACAUUACAGAGGUACACUUUUGUUUUGUUUUGGUACUGUACUGUACAGUCAUACAAUAGUGGUUUUCAUCACAUAGGCCUUAUAUCUUCCUGUCUACUUCCUGUCCUACAUUCUUUCUUUUUUCUAUUCUUUUUUUUUUUUUUUUUCAAUAAACAUUGCUUGCUUUAGUCAA